AGGGGACCCAGGCAACUUCGCAUUUCGUGUUUCGCAUUGCCUCUCAGCCGAUGACCAAGACUGUCACAAACAGAUCCUUGUUUCUGACAAGAACCUGGCAUCGUUACUAUUGUCAAAUUGCAGCUCGUCAACAUUUAACGCAACGUCAUCCAUGAUGUGAAUAUCAACACGGCCACACGCCUUUGGUAAAAGAGAACUGUGCUCGAAUGCGCAACAAGACGUGCUCAUGCUCCACAUGAUAUACCCUGCUACGGCUUCAUAGCGUGAGCAUGACUACAGAGUGGUGGCAGAACCUGCAGGAUUCCCUGUGUGAGACAACGCCUCGUCAAGGCCUGCAUCCCAUCCCUGGCAGUAAACCUCUCACUUUACUCGCUGCAAUCCUUCCACCACUUCUUUACUUCUUUGCUCUUCUCCUCCUUGCCCCGUCGCCUCCUCCCAUUGUUGAUCGACUCUCCGUCAAGGUACUUCGAAACAUACUCGCGCUGACCGCAGGUAUCCUUUUUUUCCGCCUUCCUCUUGUCUACCAUGUUCCUCAAAGCAUUGGCCUUACCUAUCAACUCGGACUUGUCGGCCUAUAUGGUGGCUGCCGAGUUCUCGAUGCCUUUUUCAUCAGUCCUUACCUUUUCGAUCACAUACCACGCCGAGUCAAGUACCAUCACCGUCUGAGGCUGGAGCGGAAAGAGUCGGAGUUACAAGAGCUGGCAAAGCAAUGGACAAAUGGAGGAAUAUCCGACCCUUUUCAACAUGCCGCAAAAUCCUCACAGCAUACAAUACACACGCCGAAAGCUGAUGAUGCUCCCAUCCCGAAGAACCGCAGCCUUCAACAGGGAAGCGCGUCGCUGACAGUUUCCACGAUACGUGCUUUCCGCAAUUCAUUCUCUGGACCAGAUCCUAUUCCCGUUUACGAGACGGCCCUGACAGAGACUGGCUGGCCUACGACUCUCGCGGAUCGUGCUGCAUGGGCUCUGGAACUUGAGCUUUCCAUGCGAGGUGUUGGCUUCACCUGGACCACUGCAGACAUCAGACAUACCAAGAAAACAUGGCUCCCUACUGUACGGAACCGCAUUCACAGCAUUCUUGUCCACGUUUGUCCGGUCCUCUUCGUGAGCUGGGCCAUGAUUAGGACCAUUUACUCGCGAUAUGUUCUGCCCCUUCAAGACGCUCCAUGGGAGACAUAUUCUGCCUACGAUCUAUUUGACGGCCGACUUCCUAUCAUUGUGCAAUUGCAGCUUACUGGCGCUCUUGGAGCUUUCUUGAUGGGUGCCUUUUCUUUUGGGCACUCACUCUUUGCCAUUAUACUGCACCCACUGCGACCCAGCCCGUUCGCCUUCUUUCCACCUCUGUACACCACGAGACCAUGGGAUGUUACCAGUGUCCGCAAGUUCUGGAGCUUCGGCUGGCAUCGGCUGUUUGCCAGACUUUUCCUGGUAUACGGCGUCUGGCCUGGGGAGUGGAUCGAACGCAGAUUGUUGGGGAGAAGUAGCGACAAGCCGGCCGAUAUUGGUAAGGUCCUCGGAGCUUUCUUGAGCAGUGCAUUUGUCCACAGCUUUGCAGUCCGUGGAGUCCUGGCUGGAGACUGGCAGAUGGCUACUGGUGAGGCGAAAUUCUUUGCAUUGAACGGGGUUGCCGUCGUCGUUGAGGGAGCCUUCGUACAGAUAGUCGAGAAAAGAAGACAAAAAAGAGGAAUUCCUGGUCGAAUGUGGUAUGACUCAACCGUGGGAAGAGUCUGGUGGAUGACUAUUAUCUUAUGGACCGGGAGAAAUUUCGCUAGAGGAUGGGUUAAGUCGAGCUUGGUUCGGGAAAUGGCUUUCCUGUGAUCUCAAAAGAUCCCUCAAGUACUAUUCUCCUUUCUGAUGUCCGGACUAUAUCCGCAAUAUGGUUCUCCAGAAUUUUAAGAUUGUCCGAAUCUCGACUGCUGAAUUCUCACGGCAAGAAAAUGUCCGAGAAAUGCGCUGGACAAUCAUGCAAAGAGUAGAGCUUUGGAAGCAAUUGGGCUCCCCAAUACCGCUCAACUUGAAUACCAAAUGUUGCCAACAUUGCUUUCGUGACGAGAAGCAUGAUGGUCGUGAGCCGUUGUACAUAGUAUGCCGGCACUGACCAAAGGACGAGGAGAACGAAGCCACGAGUAAUUGCUGUUGAUUUCCACAAAUUAACACGCGCCAGCAUUUGCUUUAGCAAUUUGGGGUUGGCACCAGGGCCUCGUUGCCGGUACCACACAGCCCAAUGUGGAUAAAACCACCAUUUGAGCAAUACUCCAUUGUCGAGUAUGAAGAAUCCAAUAACUGACAAUACCCACAAGAGAACACUGGAUAGCACACUCGACCAAGUCGUGUCAAAUAUGAGGAUUUGCGCGACAAGCAGAAUCACUGUUGCCAUGUGGAUGUUGAAAAGAGCUGUUGCGAGCAAAGGCAAUCGAGGCUCGCAACCAAUUCGACGAGCCACACUUUCCAAGAAGGCAUUGUAGUCGACCAACGUGUCGAGAUCAGGGCUCAAGUGGUAAUAUUCCCGCUCGGCUUUGGCGUCGAUAUGUGCUUGAGCCGUAUAAUCGACAGGAAGCCUUCGAGCUCCAGUCAUCAGCAACGCUAUAUAGCGGCUCAGCAUUUCGGCCAUCACCGGAAUGCCACCUUGAUGAGGUCUUGUAUAGCCAACGAAAAAGAGGCAAUGACCUAAGUUGGGCGGAAAGCAAUGCAGAAACCAUGACCGUGGAUUGGAUGACAAACAGAUCCCUUCUGAGAACUGAAUCCAUGGGAAUUCUACUCGAUAUCCAGUACAGAGCACUAUUGCGUCAAAUUGUUGGGUCUCCGUUGUGCCAUCCUGCCUGUGGAAGGUACAAUAUCUCCCUGUUGAGGAAAUGUUGCGACUGAGUUGAAUUUGAAUAUUGCCAUUGUGUAAUGCUUCACACAUCCGCUGGUUCUUGGUAACAUAGGUUGCUUGAUCAUUACGAAGAAAGGCCGAUUUAGUGCUAUCCAAGCACAUGCGCGACAAAGUGUUGUUCAGCACGGGAGUUUGCCAUAAUAUUCUUCGGAAAAUGCCGUAUGCUAACACAUUCUGCCCUGCACUCAUUCUCGAUGUCGUUGCCGCCUCAAGGAACCCAUUCGCAGGAAAGUCUGUUGUUUUGUUCAUCUGAAUCUGUUCCAACUCAUCACGUUUGUUGAGGUACCGUGGCCCAACACAGAGUGGUCUCCGCAGCCAGACACUCACAUUGGGCGAUAAGUCACCGAGUUCAGCUGCAAUAUCGGCACCACUUUCUCCUCCCCCAAUGACCAGUACUCUAAGCGACUUGUCUGCGACAUCCCGUUUGAAUGUUUCAUCGUACUGGGAGGAGUGAAUUAUCCGACCAUUAUAUCCGGCGAGUUCACGAGGUAUCGCUUUCGGAUACUGACUCGCACCUGUCGCCACGAUGAGUGCAUCUGCCUCCAUGUUGCCUUCGGACACCUCUUCACCGAGUGUUCGCCGUACAUGCAGAGACCAUGAGCCUUUGGAACUCAACUUUGCUGCUGUGACUUUUGUACGGUAUUGAAUGUGAGGUUCAAGGUUGAAGUGGUCUGUGUAGGCUUGCAAAUAUUGAAGAUAUUCUUCCGCGGUUGAAUACCGCAGCCUCAAAGGAUCAGGGAAGUCAGAAAAUGCCAUUGCCCAGUUUGUGAUUGUUAGGUGAAGAUUCGGGUAAGCCACAGCGCUGGCGAAGACACCACCUAGUCUGUCCUCUUGUUCACAAAUCAUGACAUUGUGACCGUGUUCAAGCAUUUCCUUCAAUGCCACCAGGCCGCAAGGCCCAGCUCCCACGAUCACAACACGCCUCAUAGUAUCGAUUCCACACGACUGUUAUGUUUCUAGUAUCGGACACACGCCGUAUAUAUCGCUCUCAGCGACCUUUACUCGCUGGACACUAGAUCUAUUACGGCUAUCUUGGGAUUUCAAAUCAU